CUCAGCACGAUCCGAACUAACAUGCCUUUUUAGCAUGCUUUGGUCUUAGACGAAUUAUUCUCCUCAACAAUUACAUUCUCCUUUUGCAUUGUCACUUCCCUUCAUCAUGGCAGAUAGCGAGAAAUAUGAGGUUCUGGAGAAGAUCGGCCAUGGAUCAUUCGGUGUCAUCCAGAAGGUCAGGCGGAAGUCGGACGGCCUAAUCCUAUGUCGGAAAGAAAUCAGCUACAUCAAGAUGAACGAGAAGGAGAAGAGCCAGCUUCUAGCGGAGAUGCAAAUCCUCAAGGACGUCCGACAUCCCAACAUCGUUGCCUAUUACGAACGCGAGCACCUCAAAAAUACUCUGGACGUUUACAUCUAUAUGGAGUACUGCGGCAACGGCGAUCUCGGCCAGUAUAUCAAGCGCCUGAAGACCAGGAGAGACUUCGCAUCCGAGGAUUUUGUCUGGAGUAUCUUGUCCCAAUUGGUCACCGCACUCUACCGUUGUCAUUCGGGGGAAUCGCCGCCCGAUGUGAAGCUGAGGUCACUGGGAUUGUCCAAGGACGCAGAUCCAACAAAGGGGACCAAGAUUCUUCAUCGGGAUCUGAAACCAGAGAAUGUAUUCUUGGACAACAACAAUUCCGUCAAGCUGGGCGACUUCGGCCUCUCCAAAGUCCUCGGAAACGCGAAAUUCGCCCAGACCUACGUUGGCACGCCGUUCUACAUGUCUCCUGAGAUCUGCUGUGGCGAGAACUACCAGGCAUCCUCGGACGUCUGGUCCCUCGGCUGCAUCAUCUACGAGCUCUGCGCUCGCGAGCCCCCAUUCAAUGCCAUGACCCAGUUGGACCUGAUCGAGAAGAUCAAGAAAUGCAACUUCAGGCGGAUACCACAGCAGUAUAGCGACGAGCUGCAAGAAGUCAUCUUCCGGUGUUUGAAGAGAAACCCCAAUGAUCGUCCAUCGACCAUGGAGUUGUUGAAUCAUCCGAGGAUCAAGCUGAUGAGGAAAGAGCAGGCAAUCGUGGAGUGGGCCGCGGAGCUGCAGAAACGAGAAGAGCAGCUAAAUCAGAGAAUUGCGGUUCAAGAGGCCGCAGGUGCGUCUGAGAGAGAAAAUGCUCGACGAGAAGCGGAGAUGCGGACUAAACAUGAGUGUGAGCUUCGAUGCAAGUUAGAGCACGCUCGCGAGAUUGAGAUGAUGGCUCAGCUCCGUCUCCAGGACCUACAGGCUCAAUUCGAGACCGCCGUCCAAGAAAAGGCACGGUUUGAAAUUGAGAUGCGGACCGCUCAAAUGCAAGCCGAAGUGCGACGUCUGUCCGGAGAGACGGCUCACGACCCAUUCACUGCAACGCAAUUCGGCCGAUCGUCAACGCCGCCGUCAAAUAUGGAUAUCUCGAGCGAUCCGAAACCAGGAGUCCAGCCAGAUAUCAACCUCCCAUUCGAGUCGCCCCUGCAGGAGAAGAAUAAAUUGAUCAAACCUGCAAAGCGAGUUGCCCGUACUCCAUUCGGCCGAGCGCAGACGAUGAUCGCAACUUCGAGAGUGCAAGACUCACCAAUGGACGUCACCAUGGCAGAUCCAUCCCCGAUGUCCAUUGCCUGCCUCAGUUUAUCACCUCGCCGUAACCAAGCCCACAGCAACAACAUCCACGCCUCUAACCUUCCCCCUCCUCGCAACAUCUUCGCUCAAGCCGCCGCCCACGCCGUGAGAGAGAAAUGGACGAACACCACCACCACCCUCCCCUCCCCUACCCUCGAAGCCUCCGAUGACUCGGACGUCGACCUCCCCCUCGACCUCGACAACAAUGAUGACUUCCCCUCCCCAACCCGCACCAAACUCGGUGACCCCUUCAAAUUCCCCAAAGCCACCUCCCGCCCCACCAUCCAACCUCGCACUCGCACCGGCCUCACCAAGGGCCGCCUCGGCAGCGCACCCAACCUCCACGCCGCGAAGUCCGGCAGCAGCUCCGGCUCGAACAGCAGCGAGACCACACUCGUGAACGCCUCCCAACUCAAGCGCCCCGUCAGCGCCGUCCCCGUCAUCGCCGCCUCUCCCACCCGCCGCCCCGGCACCGCGCAACCCGUCAGCCCCUCCCGCGCCCGUCCGCGCAGCGUGGUGACCUCCCCGACGCGCAAGCCGCUGACAGAGAACGACGGGGCGCACGGGUUCAAGAGCAAGAAGGGGAACGACGAGAUGCUGAAGGCGGCGAUGCGGAAUAAUAUCAUUCAGGGCCGCACACUGGUGGAGUUGUCGCAGGCGCGGGGGGCGCCUGUGCCUGUGGCGGAGGGGGAGUGGGAGAAGAGGGGUGCGGCGUUGAGUGAUGUGGUGGUGUGGGAUCCGGAGGUGGAUGAGAUGCCGAGUCCGUUUUUGGCAAGGGGGGUGAAGUCGGCCCCGGCUGGGCGGAGGGGGGUGUUUAGAUGAGCGACGGAGCAAUGCGUUGCUUGCCUUGCACCGGCCGUUCGUCGUGCAUCGCUAUUUUCCUUUCUUUCUCGAUCUCAUUGGUUAUGUUCGUUGGAAGUCAAAUCCCCGUUGGAUACGUCUCGGAGUCAAGGUGGUGACGAGUUAUGGUCUAUGGAUGGCAUGGCUGGAAGUUUAUUUCGACCUCUUUUCUUCCGCAUGGUCGUAUGGCGUGCAUCCCGGUGUUACUUUUCGGAAAUUCGCUAUUUGUUUGUGGACCUUGAUAUCAAGAUAGAAUGCCCCGUGGACGUACAAGAAAUAUGAAAUUCAAAAUGCAGAGGACUGGUUGGAUGAUUCGGUGACUUCGUUCAAGGACAGACUACGGGGUGAGCAUCUGUUCAGGCAGGAGGAGAUGAAGCAAACGACGCUAUACUGAUAGGGGGAGACUGGGAACUGAAGGAACAUCAUAAUGUCCGGCGAAAGGGACAAGUACCGUAUUG